AUGUUCUACAUUUUUUUAAGCGUAGAAAUAGAAUUCCCUGAUUUACCCUCAUAUAAGAGAUAUAAUGAAAUGAAUAAAGAAGAAAAUUUAAUGGAUAUAAAUGGGGAAUGUGUUAAAUUAGGAUUAAAUAACAAUAAUAUUAUAAAGUUCUGUAAACGUAUUGUCACGUUUUUAAUAGAGGCAUCUACGAUCCCCUGGCACGAACAAAAAAGCUAUUGUUAUUUCUUUCACCAUUGGUUUUUUGAUAAUAUACGAAAAUUUUAUUGUGCAGAGAAUAUAAAUAACAAACAAGUUGUCGAUAAACUUAUUGGUAUGGUGUCAUCUCUUAGUUCAAAAUAUUCUAUUGAUUCAUCUUGCAAUUGCGCUUUUUCAGGAACUCCGUUAGUCUGGAAAGAAGAGAAGGAUUUACACGAUUAUCAUGUAAAUUUUAAAUAUAUUAAUUGUAAUAAUGAAAAUGAAAAAAAAUGUGAAAAAUAUGUGGAAUAUAUCACCUAUAUUAAAAGCAUAUAUGAAAAGAAAGAAAAUUUUGAUCCAUUGAAAUUUAAACAAGAUUUUUGUUAUGCCUAUAUUGACUGUGAUUAUGAUUUUAACCCCAAUAUAUUAUUAAAUAUAUUAGAAGCAAAAUUGCAAAUAAUAAAUAAAACUAAGAAUAAAGUAAGCAAUGGUACAAGUGAAUCUAUUACAUUUUUUCAUGAUAUUGCAGAAACUAUAAAUAAAUUAAUAAAAUCAGAUUAUUUAACCUCCUUAUUCCUAGGUGCUUCAAUAAUGGGAACUAUUAUUUACCUUUUCUAUAAUUUUAAUUACUCCUUUAUGACUAUGUUAUAUAUUAUUUAUGGGUUUUUUUAUUUAUUUUAUUUUUCGUAUUAUUCUACUACAUUUGGGUCACAGAUGCAUAAAAGGGGUUUAAAGAAAAAAAGAAUUAGCAGAUAUAAUUAUGGUAAACUUCUAAAUGAAUUAUCAGAGGAUGAAUUAUCAGUGGAUGUAUUAUCAGUGGAUGAAUUAGAAUCUUUAUUUGAAUAUCCUCAAGAGAGGAGAUCAUUUAUAUCCUAUCAUACUGGACGUGUUCAUUUUGAUUAA